GCCGCAGGCCUGCAGGGCCUGGACCCAGCCGCUCACCGCCUCCAGAAGCGUCUGCUGGGGGCUGCCGCAGUCACCAGGCCGUAAGAGACAGACGCGUACGUCAGAGGAGGGUCUGCGGACUUAGCUUGAGAGCGGCCCCUUGUGCGACAAAAUACUGUGUCCCUCGGUAGACCCAGCCUUCUCAGCCCCAGAUUCCGGGACACUGCAGGUCCCUGCUCGCCUGAUGCCUGCAGCCAUCGCCCUGAGGGGGUCUGGGAGGCGCCCCGCCUGCCUCCUCACCCCCUGGGCCUGCCCGCCCUCCCACGCCCUUGUUCACCUUGCCUGCCAGGGAACCCCGGAACCGGAGACACUUGGGGUUGUCCCAACUGAGGGGAGGUGCCCUGCAGAGCGGAGGCUGCCCGGUGGCCAAGGACAGGCCUCCGAGUUAGACCCAACGGAAGGCCAUGGGCUGCGGUGCAGACAGAGUAUGGGCCCUUGACCAGGGUUACAGGCUGGAAAACGAGGUGAGGCAGCUCUGGGCAGAAACCAGAACCCCGACAAGUGCCUGUUUGGUCCGAGGAGCCUGGCGGAACCGCAGGACAGGGCCGAGUCCCCGGAAACUGGGGCAGAGGUGGGGGGGACUUGUGACUGGCCCGCAACUCCCGGUCCUCCGAGGAAGCCAGAGGGCGCCCUGCUUUGAAGCUAAACCAGCAGGGCCACGUGCGGCCAGGAGAGGAAAGGGGCAGACUGACAAGGGGAGCAGGGAGGUGGGCCACACGCCCAGCAAGGAAUGGCGCGUGGCCGGUGCCCCAUCUCCGCAGGCCACACUCCAAACCAAACCCCGAGUCGCCAUGCCCCACAUCCCAGGCCACAGCAGGUGCUGUCAAAAUGUGGUCCCCUACCAGCCUACUCCAUCCAAACCUCCUGCCUCCGUGCUGCCCCAAACCAAUCUUAAAAUGCAUGUGAGGUCUCACUCUGCCUGGGACCUUCAGUACCUCCUGGUGUAGUUAAAAUCCAGGCUCCUAAUCAUGGUUUCUAGACUGCUUCUCCACCUUGACCCGUUCUCCGUUGGCUCACCACACUCCCAGCUUGCCUGGUCUCUUCCAAACCUUCAGCAACACUCAUGCCUCAGGACCUUUGCACAUGUUCUUCUUUGAAUCCCCUUCUCUCCAGCCUUUGUGCGACCAGCUUGCCCUACUCUCUCUCUCCCUCCCCUCUGAUGUCACUUCCUUAGUGAGCUCUCCUUGGACCACAAAGCCCUCGUGUGCUUCCUGAAAGCUCCCACACCUGUGGGGUCGCAGGUGUGCACACCUUCAGCAGGCCUUGGGGAAGAUGGCGACCCUGGGGGACGGUCGGGAGCCCCCUCGUGUCCCGUCCCCUGUCAAUCUUGCGUCACCAGGGACACCUGGAACCCACCGUCGCGAGGCCUGGCUUCACCUCCACGGUCAUCAACACGACUCCCCUGGCUGCAGCCCCGAGGUGCUCUCCCAGCCGCCGCAGGAGGAGGAAGAGCUGUCCGACCUGGAUCUCCGCGAGGUGGAGGAGGUCCGGAUUGGCAGCAAUCCCUGCUGGCCGGAUUCGGAGCCGGAGCCGACUCCCUCGUCCCCACACCCCUGCGACCCUGAAGAGGUGGAGCAGGGCAGGGGGCCCCUGAGGACCCUUCUGAGGAGCCUUCCCCGCAGACCCAAGUGUGGGGACGGCUUUGGGCAGGAGCCCGGCUCGGAGCGGCCCGCGGGCCAGCCGCCGGCGACCGUGCCCCGCCCCGAGAAGAGGGGCGCCUGGCGCGAGCCCCGGGGGGACCCCGAGCCGGAGGGCGGCCCGCGGGCCGGGAAGCCGCACCGGUGCGAGGCCUGCGGCAAGGGCUUCCGGUACCGCUCGCUGCUGCUCAAGCACGAGCGCGUGCACACGGGCGAGCGGCCGUACGCGUGCCCCGAGUGCGGCAAGCGCUUCCGCGGCUGGUCCGGCUUCGUGCAGCACCGCCGCCUGCACACGGGCGAGCGGCCGUACGCGUGCGGCCAGUGCGGCCGCGCCUUCAGCCACAGCUCGCACUUCACGCAGCACCUGCGCACGCACAACGGCGAGAAGCCGUACGAGUGCGCCGAGUGCGGCCAGGCCUUCAGCCAGAGCUCCAACCUGCUGCGCCACCGGCGGCUGCACACGGGCGAGCGGCCGUACGCGUGCCCCGAGUGCGGCAAGGCCUUCGUGUGGAGCUCCGUGCUCAUCGAGCACCAGCGCAUCCACACCGGCGAGAAGCCGUUCGAGUGCCCCGACUGCGGCAAGGCCUUCCGCGGCCGCUCGCACUUCUUCCGCCACCUGCGGACGCACACGGGCGAGAAGCCCUUCGCCUGCGGCGCCUGCGGCAAGGCCUUCGGCCAGAGCUCGCAGCUCCUCCAGCACCAGAGGGUGCACUACCGGGAGUAGGGGCGCCGGGCCGGCGGCCCCAAUAAAUUCUUUUUGGUUGAUGGAAA